AUGGCGCGGGGCGGCGCGGCUCAGCGCGGAGCAGGGCUCGGCCUGGGCGGCGAGGCGCCCGCUCGCGUCCUGCCGAGGCGCGGCCAUGGCGGCCCCGAGGUGCUGCACCAAGCUACGGCGCCCCUGCGAGGCUCGGCCAUGGCGCGGGGUGGGCCUCGGCCUGGGCGGCGCGGCCCGGCGCGGAGCUCGGCGUGGCGGGUGAGGGCGGCGCGGGGCGGGGCGAGGCGCGGCCAGCCCCGUGCCCGCGGCGGCGUGGCGAGGCGUGGCGAGGAGCGGCGUGCCGAGCAAGACGAAGUCGGGGCGGAGCUCGGCCAUGGCGGGUCGGCCUGCGCGGCGCGGGGGUCGGCCCAGGUUCACGGCGACAGCCCGGGCAUUAUCACUGCGCCCUAUGGCGAGGCCUGGCGGCAGCUCCGCAGGAUCUGCACCGUCGAGCUCUUCACCUCCCGCCGCGUCAGGUCCUUCAGGCCCGUGCGCGAGGAGGAGGUCGGACGGCUGCUCCGCUCGCUGUCGGCGCAGUCGUCGUCGCAGGUGAACCUGAGCAAGCUGAUCGGCGCCUACGUCGCGGACUCAGGGGUGCGCGCCGUCAUCGGCAACCGAUUCAAGGGCCGCGACGCGUUCCUGCGGAUGCUGGAGCGGAGGGUAAAGAUCGCGCCGGCGCAGUCCCUACCGGACCUCUUCCCGGCAUCGCGGCUAGCGUUGCUCAUCAGCCGGAUGCCGCGCAAGAUGGAGCGGGAGCGGCGGGAGAUGAUGGAGUUCAUUGGCACCAUCAUCCAUGAGCAUCAAGAAAACAGCAUGGCCGCGGCCGUCGGCGACGAUGAGGACUUUCUCCACGUCCUCCUUAGGAUCCAGCGAGAGGGGAAGCUCGACCAUCCACUCACCGACAACGACAUCAAGACCGUGAUCGUCGACAUCUUCAUGGCGAGUAGCGAAACAUCGUCGACGGUGAUGCAGUGGGCCAUGGCCGAGCUCAUGAGGAACCCGAGGGUGAUGCGCAAGGCGCAGGAGGAGGUCCGGCGAGUCCUCGACGGGAAGAACGAAGUCGUGGAGGAGAGCUUGGGCGGUCUGCGCUACCUGGACCUUGUCAUCAAGGAGACGCUCCGCCUACACCCUCCGGCAACGUUGUUGAUGCCCCGGGAGUGCCGGGCCCCAUGCCAGGUCAUCGGCUUCGACGUACCAGCGGGCGCAAUGGUGCUCGUCAACGCCUGGGCCAUCGGCAGGGACCCGGCGCACUGGGAGCAGCCCGAGGAAUUCUCGCCAGAGAGGUUCGAGGGUAGCACCGUUGACUUCAAAGGGAUGAAUUUUGAGUUUAUACCAUUUGGCGCCGGGCGGCGUAUGUGCCCCGGGAUGGGGUUCGCGCUGGCCAACAUGGAGCUGGCGCUCGCCGGCCUUCUGUACCACUUCGAUUGGGAGCUGCCGGAGGGGACGGAGCCCGGGGAGCUGGACAUGGCCGAGCUCAUGGGGAUCAUCACCCGGCGGCGCUCCGACCUAUUGCUCGUCCCGACCGUCCGCGUGCCAUUACCCGCGAAUAUUUGA